UAAGAAAAGCUAGGCCACUAGUGCGGUAUUCUCCCUCCUCUCUGCUCCCCUAGUAUCUGUCUCUGUCUCUCCCUCUCGCGAUUCAUUCAAACAUGAAAGCAAAUUGGCUCUAAUAAUAUUUCAGGAAAUUUCUUAAACAUUUCAUUGAAACUUUGGCGAAGUUUCCAUUUAGAGUAGAGCAAAGAGCUAGAUUUGGUGUUUCUUUGGCAUUUUUCCCCCUUGAACGGUGAAGAAGUGAGUUCCAAAUUAUGUGGUGGUGCUUCUCCUGCUUCAAACAUGAUCCAUCUAAGGAUCCUUUAAAUACCGCCUUGGAAAUUUCACGGUAUGAAGAAGAAGAUCGCAUGGUACGCCGGAAAAUACAAGAAGAGGCUGAAAAGAUUGAGAUUGAAAGGGUAAAGGAAGAAAGUCUGAAGCAAGCUAAGCAGGAGGAGGAAAAGAGAAGAUCAGAAGAGUUGAACAAGGAGCAAGGCAAAAGAAAGCAAGAGAACGAUGAUCAGCUUUCGAACACUUCUAAAGAUAAGGGACAAAUCAAUCAUUCCAAAGAUGAUGUGGAAAAAGUUGUGAAUCCUCCUCCUAGAAUUGAUGGAAAAUCUGUGAUUGAAGAUGGAAUUUCUGUCAAUCCUCGAUCUUUAUGUUGCUUUCAUUGCCACAGACCAUUUGCUCUGCACGAGAUUUUAAAGAAGGGAAGGUUUCACAUAGAUUGCUACAAAGAGUACCGUAAUCGCAACUGCUAUGUCUGCCAACAAAAGAUUCCUUUUAAUACGGAAGGUAUAAGAGAGUACAAUGAGCAUUCGUUCUGGAAGGAGAAAUACUGUCCUCGUCAUGACGAUGAUGGAACUGCCAAGUGUUGCAGCUGUGAAAGAUUAGAGCCUAGGGGAACGAACUAUGUAAUGCUUGGUGACUUUCGGUGGCUAUGUCUAGAAUGUAUGGGAUCAGCGGUUAUGGAUACUAACGAAGUACAGCCUUUGCACUUUGAAAUCCGUGAAUUCUUCGAAGGCUUGUUCUUCAAGGUUGACAAAGAAUUUUCUCUUCUUCUUGUUGAGAAACAAGCGCUGAAUAAAGCUGAGGAAGAAGAGAAGAUUGACUACCAUCGUGCAGCCGUAACCAGAGGUCUUUGCAUGUCUGAAGAGCAAAUUGUCCCAAGUAUAAUAGAGGGGCCAAGGAUGGGGCCGGACAAUCAGCUAAUAACAGACAUAGUUACAGAGUCUCAAAAAGUGAGUGGAUGCGAGGUUACUGGGAUUCUCAUCAUAUAUGGACUUCCUAGGUUAUUAACAGGAUAUAUCUUGGCUCACGAGAUGAUGCAUGCUUGGCUUAGACUCAAUGGUUAUAGGAAUCUUAAGUUAGAGCUUGAAGAAGGAUUGUGCCAAGCGUUAGGCCUCAGGUGGUUGGAGUCUCAGACAUUUGCAUCUACUGAUGCUGCUGCUUCUGUCGCUUCUUCUUCUUCUUCCCCUGCUCCUCCAGCGGCUACCACGUCAAAGAAAAGCAGUGACGACUGGUCUAUUUUCGAGAACAAGUUCGUAGACUUUUGCAUGAAUCAGAUCAAAGAAGAUGAUUCACCGGUCUACGGUCUCGGAUUCAAACAAGUUUACGAGAUGAUGGUCUCAAAUAACUACAGCAUUAAGGAUACCCUUAAAGAGAUCGUUAGCGCUUCCAAUACUACACCAGAUUCAACGUUUUGAAUCAGCCAUAUAUUAUACCAAUUACGUACCAACAAUAAUUUCUGGAGAAAAAGAAAAUCAUAACAAUAAAUUGAUUCCCAGAUGUUAAGAAAAAAAGAGAGAAAGAAUUCCCCGUCAACAAAUAAAACCAUAUAUAUGCAUUUAUCUCCAA